AAUUGGGCAAUUUUAGUGAUUUAAAAGAUACGUUUUGUAGGCGUUUGAAAUUUGUUAACAAGAAGUAAAAGCUAAUAGCUAGAAUUAAGCUACAUGAACUCAUUUGACUUUUCACGGCUACUAGAGCCAGACCUAUCUGUCGCCAUGUUGUUGAAUCAUUAAUGGAGGUCAACGACUGAAAUCUUUUACUUCCCAUAUAAAUAAACAGAGAAAUAGAUGUAAUAGAAUCCAGUUUUAUGCCUAAUCUAAUGUUUCUUUUUAUAAUCUAGCCUGAAAUUUUAUAUUACCUCACUAAGCUUCUGAAUAUAAAUUGAAUGAUGGAGAAUGAAAGAAAGCGACCAACUGAUUCCUCUAAUCUAGAAUUAGAAGGCAAUGAAAUAAAAAGGCCUAAAUAUGGAACAGCAGAAUCCAGUGACAUUGAUAAAACAGAGAGUGAGAAUAAUGACAUGGCUUCCAGUACCUUUGAUAGUUGUCAACCUCUAGCACUCGUUAAAAAAGAUGUUGUGAAAGUAUCAGGAAGUGGCGAUCUAAUCCUAAAUCAUUCAAAAAGUGACUCAACGAAGCAAGAUAAGGAAAAAUUUGGUAAAACUUUUACUGCAACAGAUUCACCUUUAUUGGAUGAAAAAAAUAAAGAUGAUAUGUCAUUAGUUAAAGAAGAAAAAGCUUUAAAUACAAGAAAGGCCACAAUGGAAUCAAAAGACAAUAGUGUGACUGACAAAUUAUCACUAAAUAUGUCAAUGAAUGGUUCAUUGCAAGAAGGAGACUUACAAAAAGAGAUUAAAAGUGACAGUGAAGAUCAGACUGAUGAAACAUCAACAAUAAAAUCAGAUGGAAGUGAAAAGGAAAACAUGGAUAUUAAGAAAGAGAAGGCUGAAUCUCCAGACAUAAUAAUGUUGUCUGAUGAAGAUGAUGAAACUGCAGAUCCAUCAACUAGACGCUAUCGAAUAUUGAAAAAAGUCAAAGCCCUGCAGAAUCAGUUACGCAAUGAAGAAGCAACGCUUGUGCUGCUUAAAAAGUUGCGCCAGAGUCAAAUAACUCAGCCCCAAGAGUCUAACAUGACACCAACAUUACCAAAGCCCCAGUCUCACCACCCACAACUUAGUUUGCAACACAUGAGACAGCAUAGUGGGCCUGUGUCUAUGAAUAGAGCUAAUCAGCAGAAUUCUAAGACAUUGCAUCUUAAUCAAAGUCCUCAUAGUAACAGAGGACAGGCUAUAAAUAAUACUACUCCUUCAUCACGUCCUCAACAAGGUCCCACCCCCAUGGUUAUGUCUCGCUCUAAUGGUCAAAAUGUGCCAUCCCACCAUUCUCAUAGUUCCCGUGGAAAUGUACCAAAUAAUUUGUCACGAAAUAAUACAAAUAUCAGAAGUCAGUCUAAUGUGCCACAAGCACAACAGCAACCACAGUCAGUUCAGAGGCAGGUGCCUACUCCACAGGCCCCGCCACCUCCCCCACCGCCACCACAAGAUACUCAGACACCUGCUCAACGCCAAGCUGCAGCAAAACAAGCUCUACGAAAACAGUUAGAGAAAACAUUGCUUCAAAUUCCACCCCCCAAGCCACCUCCUCCAGAAAUGAACUUCAUCCCAUCAUUGGCGUGUCCUGAUUUCAUCUUGUUGCUAGGCCUUGAAGAAGUUGUUAAUCAUAUGAUAGAUUUUCAACUCAUCGCUCGUGGUCAGAAAAAUCCAGAUGAAAGGUUUGUUUGCACCCCUUUUACCUGUGUGCAGUGUGGGUCAGAUUUUACACCUGUUUGGAAGAGAGAAAAACCUGGAUCUAAAAAUGUUAUUUGCGAGCAUUGUGUUACGAGCAAUCAAAAGAAGGCCUUGAAGCAAGAGCACACAAAUCGGCUUAAGUCGGCAUUUGUUAAAGCGUUGCAACAGGAGCAGGAAAUAGAGCGUAUGCAGGCUUCCACACCCACACCAAGUCCACAACCUGUUAGCAACACUACACCUCAGCCACAGCUUCCAUCAGCACCAAUGAUUUCAGCUGCCAAUGCUGCUGCAGCAGCAGCAACUGCUGCUGCAGCAGCAGCUGUUGCAAAUUUUCGGCCCAGUGCAGAACAACUUAGGCAGCACCACAGCUUCUUUCAGGCCCAGCAAGUCCAGCUCAGAGCUGGCCAGCCUUUGGGUCUUCAAGCCUUUGGGUCUCGUGCUCCGUUUCCAUAUAAUAUCCCUUUCGCUAAGCAGCAGGAUCUACAACGUCAGUAUCUGCUAGAUAUGAUACCAAGAGGUAGUAUGCCGUGGAAGCAACAAUAGCAUCUUUUUAUUGCCCAUGAGGUGGUAGGAUUUUAGUUAUCACUGCCCAUUGUUUGUAUUUUCACAAAUAUUAUGUUUUUAUUUUUAUUAUGUUUAAUCUUUAAUAUGUAUGGUUUUAAAAUCUGCCAUAUUUUAAAAAAAAGUUAAACUUUUUAAGCAUACAUUAUAAUAACAUUUCGUAGGCUUGAAAUAAGAAAAAAAAAUGUGGUGCCUGUCACUGUUGUUGGUGCCAAAUGUAUUUCUGUAUGUAUAACUCUAUAAACAUAGAAAGCAGUGAUGUUAUUGUAUGAGAAUACACAAUUUUGUUUUGUUGUUUGUGUGUGUAAAAAUGGUUUUGUAGACUAUUUCACAAAAUAAAGUCAAAAAUGUUUUGAAUGUAUAUAGUAAUAUUAUAAAUAUAUAUAAUUAAGACUUGUAUUUAAUUAUUAAUUAAUAUUGUCAAGAAAAGAUGAUGGUCAAAAUUUGAGAAAUGAUAGAUUACAUGGUAAAUGUAUGGGACUUGUUAACAAAAUUUUAAAAGAUUAAAAACUUCUAAUCUC